UAUACACUGCAAUCACAUGCAAUCAUAUUUUUGACACAUUGAAUUCACAUGGUGCACUAAUUCAAUAUGGCGGAAGAUGAUACCUCUAACAGUGAUUUAAUUGAUGACGAUGCUCUCAAGAAAUAUUUACGCGGUUCAAAGCUGAAAAUUAAGCAUGUAAAAAAUAAAAAGCUAAGAAGAAGUCUGUCAAAAAAUGAUACAAAUUGUGGAGAAGCUGCCCUUCAGGCUUUCAGAUCAGAGUUACUUCUUCUUGAAGAACCUGGAUACUUGGAGGCAGAAGGAUGUGAGAAGACUUAUCAUUUCAAGCAAUCUGAUAUUGUCAAAACAGUGGAUAUUUCAACUGCCAAUAAGCAUUUUGAGCUUAAUUUAGAAACCUUUGCACCAUAUAAUAUCAACUACACUAGAGACGGAAGAUAUCUGUUACUUGGAGGACAAAAAGGCCAUCUUACUGCUUUUGACUGGAAGAAUAAGAAACUUAAGUGUGAAUUUCAUGUUCAAGAAACUGUUCGUGAUGUCAGAUGGCUUCAUGUGGAAACAAUGUUUGCGGUUGCACAAAAGAAGAAUGUAUUUAUUUAUGAUAAUACUGGACUGGAGUUGCAUUGUCUUAAAGACCAUGAAUAUGUGAAUCGAUUGGAUUUCCUACCUUAUCACUUUCUUUUAACUACAAUUGAUCAAAAAGGCUUUCUCAAAUAUCAAGAUGUAUCAACAGGGAAACUGGUAUCCAAAAUUCGCACUAAACUAGGACCUUGUGAUUGCAUGGCCCAAAAUUUUUACAAUGCUAUUGUUCAUCUUGGACAUUGUAGAGGAACUGUUACCUUUUGGAGUCCCAAUAUGAAAGAACCACUUGUGAAGAUGCUAUGUCAUCGUGGGCCUGUUAAAGCAAUAGCUAUUGAUCAAGGAGGAUGGUACCUAGCUACAUCAGGUCUUGAUGCACAGAUAAAAGUUUGGGACAUAAGAACAUAUAAGCAACUACAGGCUUACCGCACUGUGAGACCAGCAUCUACCUUGGCAAUCAGUCAACGUGGUCUUUUGGCUACUGGGUGUGGACCUCAUGUACAGAUAUGGAAGGAUGCAUUUCGUGUGAAACAAAAAACACCUUACAUGACUUCUCUUUUUGGUGGGGAAACAGUCAGGGAUGUAGAGUUUUGCCCUUUUGAAGACGUUUUAGGUGUUGGACAUAGUAGAGGUUUCACAAGUCUUCUUAUUCCAGGGGCUGGUGAACCAAACUUUGAUGCAUUGGAAUCAAACCCAUAUCAUAACAAGAAGCAACGACAAGAGUUUGAAGUCAAAGCAUUGCUUGAUAAGAUCCAACCCGAUCUCAUCAGCUUGAAUCCAAGUAAAAUCAAUGAAAUGGAUGUUGAUAAGAACAUCAUAAUGGAUGAUACUAAUGAAAAUAAACCUGAAGAUUCUUUUGUCCCAAAACAUAAAACUAAAGGCCGCAGUUCAUCAGCCAAACAGUUCAAACGAAAGAAACGAGUGUUAUCAGAGGAUAAAAGGGACAAAGUGAAAGAACUAAUACGAGAAAAAAAAGCAAAGAAAAAUGAAACAUACAAAGAAACCAAAGAUAAGCAUAUAAAUAAAAAGAACCACGUAUUGGAUAGAUUUAGGAAGACAACGACAACCUGACUUCAUUUAUCUUCUAAUUGUAAUUGCAAGGACAGUAAAAGGUGGAGAAUUGUUCAUA